AUGUCAGAACACUGCCCGACUUUGGGCGGUUUAAGUGAAGAUGGAUUUAAUCCAGAAUUUGAUCUAAAGCAGCUUGUAUUGAAUCCGUCUUCUUCCAUGCACAUUUGGGGCUGGUUAGCUUCUGGUUUACUCGUUUUAAUUACUGUCACUAUAGCUUCACACACUAUCAAUGAGCACCUUCAUCAUUAUUUUACACCAGAAAUUCAGCGACACAAAGUCAGAGUAGUAGCUUAUCCAGCUGCUUAUUCUAUUUUGGCUUGGUUAUCAUACCUCAAAUAUGACUACGAAACACCCUUUCGCAUCCAAAAUGAGGGUAUGAAGGAAUCUGUCACAACAAAGAUAUUUGGUUUCUACAAAUUCAAACUGAAAUCGAAAUGGGGUUUGCAUUUUCGUGUGAUAACAGACAUACUUGUCCUUCAAUUUCCUAUAUGGAAUAUUAUAGCUGCCUUUAUCUCAAUCUUUACACAGAUAAAAGGUGUGUACUGCGAUGGUCAAUUUGAUUUUCACGGUGCCUAUAUUUAUUUAGCUACCAUUCAAUUCAUUUCCCUCUCCAUCAUCCUCAUGGCCUUAUUCACUUACUUGGCUGUGUUUGAUCCGGAAUGGAAGCAAGGUCAUAUACGGGCUCAUGGCAUGUUUUGGUGCGUCAAAGCACCUAUUAUGAUCAUCUUUUAUUGUGGCGACAUUCUGCUUAUGAUAUUGAGCUAUUUUAAAGUUAUCCAGGACAAGCCUGCUACUACUCCUGGUGGCACUUAUUGGACAGCAGCAGCCAUUAAAAACGGAUAUUAUGUCCUCAUUAUCUGUGUUUGCAUGGCUGUUGUAGCCGUUCUUAUGCAAAUUUAUUUUGGAUUAGAUGAAGAAGAACAGACGGAUGAAGAGGAUCCUGACUGUGGUUAUUGGGAAGCCCUUGUAGAUGGAUUUUUGGCGUAUAUACCGCAGUUUAUGAGAAACGUGUUUUCAUGUGGUGGUGAUACGGUUGUAUUAGCAAAAAAGCGACGAGGCUUGAAGAAGAACAAGAAUAGUGACAAACGUCGAUUAAGUGAAGACGAAUUGAAUUUAUUGGCUGCAGAUGAAGAUAAUCAUCAUCUAUCCCUCCAUGAUACAAAUACUUCGCUUUAUGAAUAUUUGACACAGCCUUUACCUGCAUUAUAUAACAAAAGAAUGGAUGAUAUGGAAAACGGAGAUGCACGACAGCAGUCGUAUAAUUACAAUGCUUUACCGCUACAGCCUCUCUCUAAUGGCAUGUAUGCAAGCGAAAAGAAUGAAGGAAGCAACGAUGAUUAUAUGCCAGCUGAAAUGAAACGAGAGGAAGGGGAUUUCCCCCCAAAGAACAAAAGAGAAACGAUGCGGCAGGAAGAAGAAUACCCCAUGAUUACGAUGCCUCCUGCUCCACUACAAUCAAGAGUUCUAAACCAUAACGACGAAAUCACUUCUGCCGCACAACAACAUACCACUCACUUUACUCCGCAUGAUCUAGAGCGCAAGUAG